AGUCGGUUUAUUGCCUUACCACUCAAACGCGCCCUUUUGAGUGGCAGUGAUCAAGACCACUGGGAACUCUGAAAAAUAACGAGGUGAAGUCAUGACGUCAGUGAUCUUCAGGUUGAAAGUCGGGGCUCGAGUUGCCAGAGUUUCCGACGUGGAAUUCCAAAUUGGAUGACUUGUUCAAAAUAUACUUUUUUUCCGAGUUACCAGUUGUUUCAUGUAAGCCUCUCAAACGUCAUAUCCUGUUUGUGCGCGUGUGGAGGGUUGCUGUUCUGUCUGGUUUGGACGGGGCCUGGCCUGCUGAUAGAACUGAAGCACCAGCAAUAACAGGGAACUGAAGGCAUUGUGAGACAUUUUCGUCAGAGACACAUCUGACGCCCUUCGCCAACAGUCACAGCUCCCCUUCCCCCUAAUUCCCCUGUGACCCACCCUGAGCCCCAGCAGUCCUCCGCCGCAGCAUGAACGACAUCAGUGUGGUCAGAGAGGGCUGGCUCCAUAAGAGGGGAGAGUACAUUAAGACGUGGAGGCCGCGGUACUUCAUCCUGAAGAGUGAUGGCUCCUUCAUCGGCUACAAGGACAAGCCAGAGAUGACGUCCGACCACAGCCUCCCACCCCUCAACAACUUCUCUGUGGCAGAGUGCCAGCUGAUGAAGACGGAACGGCCCAGGUCCAACACGUUUGUCAUCCGCUGCCUACAGUGGACCACAGUCAUAGAGCGCACCUUCCAUCUGGAGAGUAACGAGGAAAGGGAGGAAUGGAUGCGGGCGAUCCAAGCGGUGGCCAACGGCCUGAAGACGCGAGAGGAAGAGGCGCCCAUGGACAUCACGUUUGGCUCCCCCAGCGACUGCAGCAGCAUGGAGGAGAUGGAGGUGGUCAUGUCCAAGUCCCGCAACAAGGUGACCAUGAGUGACUUUGACUACCUGAAGCUGCUGGGGAAAGGGACGUUUGGUAAGGUGAUCCUGGUAAAGGAGAAGGCCACAGGGAUGUACUACGCCAUGAAGAUCCUGAGGAAAGAAGUCAUCAUCGCUAAGGAUGAGGUAGCACACACGGUAACAGAAAGUAGAGUCCUUCAGAAUACGAGGCAUCCCUUCUUAACGACACUAAAAUAUGCAUUCCAAACACAUGACCGGCUAUGCUUUGUGAUGGAGUAUGCAAACGGAGGAGAGCUGUUCUUUCACUUGUCGCGGGAUCGCGUGUUCACAGAAGACAGGGCACGGUUCUACGGUGCAGAGAUUGUAUCUGCGCUGGAGUACCUCCACUCACAGGACGUUGUCUACAGAGACCUUAAGCUGGAGAACUUAAUGCUGGAUAAAGAUGGACACAUAAAGAUCACAGAUUUUGGAUUGUGUAAAGAGGGAAUCACAGACGGAGCUACCAUGAAGACCUUUUGUGGUACUCCAGAAUAUCUUGCACCUGAGGUAUUAGAGGACAAUGACUAUGGCCGAGCGGUGGACUGGUGGGGUCUGGGUGUGGUCAUGUACGAGAUGAUGUGCGGUCGACUGCCCUUCUACAACCAGGACCAUGAGCGGUUGUUUGAGCUCAUUCUCAUGGAGGAGAUCGGCUUCCCCAAGAACCUGGCCCCCGAAGCCAAGGCUCUGCUUGCUGGCCUCCUCAAAAAAGACCCCAAGCAGAGACUUGGAGGUGGACAAGAAGAUGCCAAAGACGUGAUGACACACAAGUUCUUCGCCACCAUAAACUGGCAGGACGUGGUAGAGAGGAAGCUCUUGCCUCCCUUCAAGCCCCAGGUGACGUCAGAGACGGACACGCGCUACUUUGACGAUGAGUUCACGGCACAGACCAUCACCGUAACGCCCCCGGACAAGUAUGACAGCUUAGACGCAGAAGACCAGGACCAGCGCACACACUUCCCUCAGUUCUCUUACUCCGCCAGCAUACGGGAGUGAAGUCUCUAACACACGCACACACACACUCACAUGAGCAGGCAGGCUAACACACGUUCACACACACACUCGCACUGCUGGGGA